AGGCCGGUGCGGAGGAGUCCAGCGCCGUCCGCAAGGGCCAAGCCAGGCGGGAUGGAGCGCAAAGAGCAGCGGAGCGGAAGCCCGGGGCGGAAGAGCGGGCGGGGCGGAGGGCGCGGAGGCGGACCGGGCGAAGCCGAAGCGGUGGUGCAGCGCACGCAGGUGGUGCUGCUGGCCGGCGAGUCGUGGGAACCAGACAGCGCCCAGGCCGUGCUCAGUUCCUUCGCGCACCACGUGCUGCCCCCUGCCGCCGCCGACAGCCCGUGCAGCCCGAGCCUAGACGACCGCGCCGUCGUGCCCGCCGCCACCGCCGGUGAGCCCAGCUCCCCCCAGCCGCCCUCUGCUCCUCCACCGGCCCAGGGCAGCGGCCAGCUCACCUUCUUCCUCUGCCGGCCAUCGUCGCUGCGGGAGCGGCUGCCGCGCCUGCGGGAGGUGCUGCAGGGCGUGCGGGAGCAGAGUCGCGGCACCACGUCGGUCUUGGUGGGCGUGAUCGUGCAGCCGCGGGAGGACGAGGAGGCGGAGGCCCGGCAGCGACUCGGGGACCUGCUUUGCGAGGUCUUCCAGGCCGAGGGCGCCGUGCCCGUCGAGGUGCACACCGCCAUCUUCAAGCCCGGCCGGCCCGAGGGCGCCCUCGAGGUCAAGCGCGUCGCUGGCAGCAUGUCGCCUACAGCACGCCGGAUCUCGGGCAGCAAGAUGUGGUUGGAUAAAUCAAAGGUGAUGCAGAUUUUUGGAGCCAUGCUGUCUGCUGGGACUGUGGCCUACGGAAGCUAUUACUUCUACCACAACCGUCCUGAGUAAAGUGCCUGAACCUGCCAACACGUCUCCCUUUCAGCGUGGUUAAGUUGUUGUGCCCGUCUGGAUUUUCAGCCAUCAUCGAAAAUAAAAUUUUACAAAAAUCCAAAA